AUGGUAACGGAGCCAAGAUUGCUACCCGUAUCACAAAAAGCGAAGCCCCGAUGGAAAGCACUCAAUGGACGUUUGAAUACCUCUGUACAUUGUCGGGAAGGUGAAUUAGAGAUUCACCUAUUACAGGAUGGGAAGUUCAUUGUCAAGCAGCUUUUCACAUUACUCUCGGCAUUAGAAACACAACCACUUCGAAAAAUCACCACCGGUCCUUUGGCCCUUGCAUUCUGGUACGAUUCGAUCCAGACACCAUUCAUAUCAGGCAUGAAAAUGCAAGAACGUUUUCAACUGGUCUUCACAAAUCCCGAAGAUCACAUCUCCUUUCUUGACAUGAUGAAAGGAUACUUCAAGAUUGUACAGACUCCCAAUCCACCGGUCAUAAGGACACCUGUCGCAUUACCUGGUUACUCUCAGUCACAGAUCACCAUCGAGUCUCGAGGUAAAGCUCUAAAAGGCGCUACAAGGUCCCUUACCAAGACUCAGAACAAGUCAAAAAUAGGCGAAAGUCAAUCUCAGUUGUGCUCUACUACGACACGUAGUCCCUUAAAGUCAACCCCUCAAGUGCAUGAUGACCAGAACGUCGGUGAUAUUCAGCCCCAAAACAAUCAGCCAACGAAUGGGGCUGACAGGCCAUCGUCAUCCAACUUCAGUCCAGGGCAAGAAGUCUCUCCCAGUCUUUCGCCUUCUGAAGAUGACGCUACCGAAAGACUAAAGAAAGCUCUUUUGGGAAACUUCUCUUGCUCACCUUCACAAGCACAGAAAGACACUACUCCACCUGCACAAGACCUUAUAUGUAACAACACCAAGAGGAUCAAUUCGAACCUCAAUAGACAAGGCAGUCACGAUAUCGACUCUGCUAGACCUUUGAGCUCGUAUCAACAAUUUCCAAGUGCAUCACUAGAUUCAUCAAUUUGUCCAACGGUACCACCUCAUCCGAUAUACCGCCAGGAUCUGAUGGAUGUCACUUCUGUCGACACGAUCUCACAGAUGCAAGCUGGAAUACAUAAUUCAGAACAUCCCCCAGAAACCCAAUUCAACCCGACCGAUGAAUCAGAACCCCUCAUCGUCUUUUCGCCCUGCUUAAUUGCGCUACCUAGCCCUAUUACCACAUCUCUUUCCCCUAUACUCAAAGACAGACCUGAAGUCGCCGAUCUGCUCAGCAUAGAUCUAGACGAGAAGCAUCAAGUGUUACUUACUGAACAACAAAAGGAAGAAGAAAGGCUCAGAAAGUGCAAAAGAAAGAGAGCCGAAAUGGAAGAUGAGCUAGAAGAAGAGAGUGAAGACGACGAGGACGAUUUAGCUCAAGCAUCAACUGGUGUUAGUAUCGAAACGAAACCUAAUUUGCUGGGCGGUAUUCAUUCUGUAAAUCUCCCAAAGUUACCGUACGGAAGGGGGGUAUAUGAUCUUUCGCAGGAAGAUCUAAGGAAAUUGGUUGAAGAGGUAUUAUUCGAGCAAGGGUUCAACAGACUUACCGAAAGAGUACACAGUAUAAUUGAUGGAAGGCUUGCGGAACUCCACCGAGAACAGCCUUUCUUCCACACCAUACAUCGUUCAAGCUUGAAUGAUUGGUAUACUCCUCACUGUCAUCAAUCUCAACGUCACAUUUACUACCAAGAUUCAUAUCCACCUACUGAUCAUUAUAAUCCUCAAGCAUAUACUCACCCUGGAUAUUCAACAAAUUCUACUCACCCAGCUUAUCACGAUCACAUUCCUACUCAUACAGCUCAGCAAUUCCACUACCAUCCAAGCAAUCGCCUACAAAGCAUCUCAACGCAUUCGGAUCACCACAAGAACUUUUUAAAAGCUACCCAAGAGAUGCUCACUUACUCACAGCAGUCGUAUCACACUGACCAUUCUCAGCUUGAUCACAAGCAAAGAGCGACGCUCAAUGAAAUCCAGUAUCAUCAAAGCCCUAACUCGCCAAAGAAGGAGUCUGACAACUGGAACGAAGUACUGGAUGUUGAUUUCAGACAUCAUACUAAUCAUUGGCCGGAGCAAAGGGAAUCUCUCACAAUCUUAUCGAAAAGUCAAUCCCAAGGACGAUAUGCAGCGUCAGGAUACGAAAAUGGUGAUUGCAGGUCGCGUCGGCCUGCAAUAGAUUCUUAUUGUGGUUCUGAUGAAAUGGUCACGACCGAAGCUGAAUCUCAAGUAUAUAGUCAGUUUACAUUUGGGGGGUAUCAACCCCCUGUACAAGAGCCUAUUAAGGUUCAAGAAGAAGAGCACGACAUUGGUGAUGUUAGUGCAGAGCUUGAUGAGGUGGAAGUAGAGGAGGAAUUCGAUUACGAUCAUGAGGUGGCCGAGGAAGAUAGACAGCUGGAGGAUGAAGUCGAUGGGUAG